CGUCGAGGCGCUGGCAUGCAUGUGUAUUGUGUUUCCAAAAAUUUAAGUAAUACGCAAUCGCUUUAUUUGUUUAUCUUUUUAGAUAAAAAUGAACUUUUAUCUGCAAAGAAUUUCUUGGAACAAGCGGCCGAAGAAAACUUACCUGAGUUCUUAAAAGCUCUUUCGGAUAUAUUGGUCUCUGUGAACAACAGUCCAGUAGCACGUAUGGCUGCAGGAUUACAACUUAAAAAUCAUUUGACCAGUAAAGAUGAGACUGUCAAUCAACAGUAUCAGCAACGAUGGCAUCAAUUUUCAGAAGAUACUCGCGAGUACAUAAAAAGAAAUAUCCUCGCUGCUUUGGGAACAGAAAAUACUCGGCCUUCCUGCGCUGCACAGUGUGUUGCUUAUGUAGCCGUCACAGAAUUGCCUCUAAAAGGAUGGCCUGUUCUUAUUCAAACAUUAGUCAACAAGGUUGUGACUGAUAAUUCCAGCGAAAUUGAUCGUGAAGCAGCACUGGAAGCUAUUGGAUACAUUUGUCAGGACAUACGUUAUGGCGUGUUGGAACACCAGUCGAAUCAAAUUUUGACAGCUAUCAUCCAUGGAAUGAGAAAGCUGGAGCCGAGCAAUCAUGUCCGACUAGCAGCAACAACUGCUUUGCACAAUUCCUUAGAAUUCACAAAAGCUAAUUUUGAAAAAGAUCUGGAAAGAAAUUUCAUAAUGGAAGUAGUAUGCGAAGCAACUCAAUCUCAAGACACACAGGUUUGUGUAGCCGCCCUACAGUGCUUGGUUAAAAUUUUAACCCUUUACUAUCAAUAUAUGGAACCUUAUAUGGCCCAAGCUUUAUUCCCUAUUACUUUGGAAGCUAUGAAGUCAGAAAACGAUCAAAUAGCUUUACAGGGAAUUGAGUUUUGGUCAAAUGUAUGCGAUGAGGAAAUCGAUUUAGCAAUUGAAACUCAAGAGGCAAAUGACGCCGGUCGAGCUCCUAUUCGAGUAUCAAAACAUUACGCCAGAGGCGCUCUUCAAUAUCUAACUCCUGUGUUAGUAGAAAAGCUCACAAAACAGGAUGAAUGUGACGACGAAGAUAACUGGAGCCCACCGAAAGCAGCAUCUGUUUGCCUGAUGCUAUUAGCAACAUGCUGCGAAGAUGAGAUUGUUCCAUAUGUUUUCCCGUUCAUCAAGGAUAACAUAGAGUCGCCAAACUGGCGUUUUCGCGAUGCUGCUGUUAUGACCUUUGGAUCUAUUUUAAGUGGCCUAGAAACCAAUACUCUAAAACCUUUAAUAGAGCAAGCAAUGCCUACACUGAUACAUUUAAUGUAUGACGAAAGUGUAAUCGUUCGGGAUACGACAGCAUGGACCUUUGGCCGGAUAUGUGAUUGUUUCUACUAUAUGGAGGCUGGUGGAAAAAAGUCGUGGUUACAGGUGAUUAAAAAACCUAUUGGACUUAGAGAGAGAAAAUAAUAAUAACUAGAGUGC